GGCCAAUCCGGAGCGCGCGUUCUUGCAUAAUUAACGCAGGCUUGCGGUGGGCAGUGACGCAGAGUCUGAGACUUUCCUCGUAAUUUAUCAAAAAUAUUCACUUCGCUCGGCGGAACGGAUUUAAUACUUCCCCCCCAUAAAUCUCCGCGACGCUGAAUAUCAAUACCGAAUCAAAUCCAUGCGAUUUCGCUCGCUCCGGACCAGAAGAGCCUCUUGCAUGUGGACGUUGAUGUGGUAGGGAAUAAAUAAAGAUGCCGCAGCCGAAAUCUCGAAAGAUCGCCGUCCUGGGCUACAGAUCCGUGGGGAAAUCCUCCUUGACGAUACAGUUUGUGGAAGGCCAGUUUGUCGACUCCUACGACCCCACGAUCGAAAACAGUAACAUUUACACGAAAAUGAUCACGGUGAACGGUCAGGAGUAUCACCUGCAGCUGGUGGACACAGCGGCUCAGGACGAAUACUCUAUUUUCCCACAGACGUACUCCAUAGACAUCAACGGCUACAUCCUGGUGUACUCCGUCACGUCAAAUAAAAGUUUUGAAGUAGUAAAAGUUAUCCAUGAAAAGUUGUUGGACAUGGUGGGGAAAGUACAAGUACCCAUAAUGCUGGUGGGCAAUAAGAAAGACCUUCACAUGGAACGUGUGAUCAGCUGUGAAGAAGGAAAAGCUUUGGCAGAAUCCUGGAACGCAGCGUUCAUGGAGUCUUCAGCCAAAGAGAACCAGACGGCCGUGGAGGUGUUUAAGAGGAUAAUCCUGGAGGCGGAGAAGAUGGACGGCGGCGCUCCUCAGGGCCGGACACCCUGCUCUAUGAUGUAGAUAACCCCGCCCUCCCCACCCUGACCCCGCCCCUCUCCCACAGUCCGCCCCGCCAUCGGAGAACCAGCACAAACUUUUCUAGCAAGCAUGUUUUGUCAGUUUGAGGCUGGAGUUUGGGCUUGGCUCGUGUUUUAGGUUGAAGGGCUUGGAAGAGCCCGAUCUGGAGAUGUUUGCUAGAAAAGUCUGUCCCAGCCCCGCAGCACUGGACACUGGGAAACGAUCCCUCUACUUGAAGUGGCUAACUGCCUGUUUCCUGCAUAGACAUGUCGGCUUUUUCUUUUAAACCUUUUUUAUACUUCAUUUGACUUGACAUUUUUUUAGUUGUGUGACAUUUUCUUUUAUUUAUUCCUUUGUGAGACAGAACCUGUCCGUGAGUAACACACACACACACACACACACUCUUCAGCCUUACGUUUGCGUUUCGCUCUUCUCUACCUCUCAUCUUCCUCUCUCUGUCCCCGAACCCUCUGGACUUUGUAUAUCGUGUUUCUUAAACGGUAAUUAUGGCCAAUAAAGUGGGCAGCAUUCAUUGAGUGGUGAAUGUUGUUGAACUUUUUUGAUUGUAAUCAUUAAACGCAGCAUUUUCUUUCACUA